AAACACAUGAUAAGAGGGAUGUCUGGACAGUGAAUAUGGGAAGCAAAACCUUACUGGCACAGAAAGGACUUUUUUAAAAUGGGAAAACUGGAGUUUUGAUCAGUGACAGCUGCAGGUGGAGUGUGUGUUUUGGGGAUUGUUUUUUCUCAUCACAAUGUGUGAGGGAUGGAUGCGGGUCGGAUGCCGGUUUAUUUUCUUUACGGAUACAAGGACUGGCAAGUUAUCAGCAUGAUUUACAGAGGGCAGGAAAACUGAUAUCAAUGUUACAUUUGACUCUGGAGAGAGGACCAUGGCGAAAGGGAAGGGACUGUUAUUUUCACUGCUGUACUUUAUAGCAGAGUUUUGGCUCACUUCGCAGCAGGUCCUGAGAAUAGGUGGCAUCUUUGAGACUCUUGAGAAUGACCCCGUUAGUGUUGAAGAACUGGCCUUUAAAUUUGCGGUCACCAACAUAAACAGGAACCGGACCUUAAUGCCAAACACCACAUUGACCUAUGAUAUCCAGAGAAUAAACCUCUAUGACAGUUUUGAAGCCUCAAGAAGAGCGUGCGACCAGUUGGCCCUGGGUGUUGGGGCAGUGUUCGGCCCCUCUCACAGCUCAUCAGUCAGCGCGGUCCAGUCUAUAUGUAACGCCCUGGAAGUCCCUCACAUCCAGACACGCUGGAAACACCCCUCAGUGGACAACAGAGACAGCUUCUACAUUAACCUCUAUCCUGAAUACACCUCUAUAAGCCGAGCUGUGCUGGACAUAGUGCAGUACUACAAGUGGAAGACGGUCACUGUUGUUUAUGAAGAUGCAACGGGACUGAUUCGUUUGCAAGAGUUGAUCAAAGCUCCAUCCAGAUACAGCAUUAAAAUCAAGAUCCGCCAGCUGCCAACAGGAAGUAAAGAUGCCCGUCCUCUAUUAAAGGAGAUGAAGAAGGGAAAGGAGUUCUACGUCAUCUUUGACUGCUCUUACCAAACAUCAGCUGAUGUUCUCAAACAGAUCUUGUCCAUGGGGAUGAUGACUGAAUAUUACCACUUCUUCUUCACCACACUGGACCUGUUUGCCCUCGACUUGGAGCCGUACCGCUAUAGUGGGGUCAACAUGACGGGCUUCAGACUGCUCAACAUAGACAGCCCACAGGUGGCCUCGGUGGUGGAGAGGUGGGCCAUGGAGCGGCUGCAGGCUCCCUCUAAAGCUGAGACUGGAAUGAUGGAGGGGAUGAUGACAACCGAAGCAGCUCUGAUGUAUGAUGCUGUCUAUAUGGUGGCUGCUGCCUCGCAGCGCACCUCCCAGAUCACUGUCAGCUCGCUUCAGUGCCACCGACACAAACCCUGGCGCUUUGGAUCGCGCUUUAUGAACAUGCUCAAAGAUGCACAAUGGAACGGCUUGACGGGACAAAUAAUUGUAAACAAGACGGACGGCCUGCGGAAAGAAUUUGAUUUAGAUGUCAUCAGCCUCAAGGAAGAUGGCUUGGAGAAGAUUGGCGUGUGGAACUCUCAAACAGGCCUUAAUUUAACAGAAAGCAACAAGGACUCAUCCACAAAUGUGACCGACUCAAUGGCCAACAGGACACUCAUUGUCACAACUAUUCUGGAAAAUCCCUAUGUCAUGCAUAAGAAAUCUGAUAAGCCCUUGUAUGGAAAUGAUCGCUUUGAGGGCUACUGCCUCGACCUGCUCAAAGAGCUCUCCAACAUUUUGGGCUUCUCCUAUGAGGUGAAGUUGGUGACUGAUGGCAAAUAUGGAGCUCAGAAUGACAAGGGGGAGUGGAACGGCAUGGUGCGAGAACUCAUUGACCAUGUGGCUGACCUCGCUGUGGCCCCUCUCACUAUCACAUAUGUGAGGGAAAAGGUGAUAGAUUUCUCCAAACCCUUCAUGACACUGGGAAUCAGCAUCCUCUACCACAAACCCAACGGCACCAAUCCAGGGGUGUUCUCCUUCCUCAACCCUCUGUCUCCUGAUAUCUGGAUGUAUGUGCUACUGGCAUGCCUGGGUGUCAGCUGUGUGCUCUUUGUUAUUGCCAGGUUUACUCCUUAUGAGUGGUACAACCCUCACCCCUGCAACCCAGACUCAGAUGUGGUCGAAAACAACUUCACUCUAAUAAACAGUGUCUGGUUUGGAGUUGGAGCACUUAUGCAGCAAGGAUCUGAGCUGAUGCCUAAGGCCCUCUCUACGAGGAUAGUUGGUGGAAUAUGGUGGUUCUUUACGCUGAUCAUAAUCUCCUCAUACACUGCCAACUUGGCUGCCUUCCUCACUGUGGAGAGGAUGGACUCACCAAUCGACUCUGCAGAUGACUUGGCCAAGCAAACGAAAAUAGAGUACGGUGCUGUAAGAGACGGCUCCACCAUGACCUUUUUUAAGAAAUCUAAGAUCUCAACUUACGAAAAAAUGUGGGCAUUCAUGAGCAGUAGGAAAAAUACGGCUUUGGUGAAAAACAACCGGGAGGGGAUUCAGAGGGUUCUCACCACAGACUAUGCUCUUCUGAUGGAAUCGACCAGCAUCGAGUACAUCAGCCAGCGUAACUGCAACCUCACACAGAUUGGAGGCUUGAUAGAUUCAAAGGGCUAUGGAGUGGGAACCCCAAUUGGUUCCCCUUACAGAGACAAGGUCACCAUCGCCAUCUUGCAGCUUCAGGAGGAAGGGAAGCUGCACAUGAUGAAGGAGAAAUGGUGGAGAGGAAAUGGCUGCCCAGAGGAGGACAGCAAAGAGGCCAGUGCUCUGGGGGUGGAGAACAUUGGUGGAAUCUUUAUUGUGCUGGCAGCCGGACUUGUCCUCUCAGUUUUUGUAGCAAUUGGAGAAUUUAUUUACAAAUCCCGAAAAAACUUGGACAUCGAGGAGGUGAGUGUUGGUCAGUGCGAAUGGCAUAACAAGUAUUAACACACUAGGGGACUUGAUCAAAGACUGUUAUAAACGCACCUACACAUUUAUGUUGUUACUGUUGUCUUCAGAGGACUACAGUAAUCACUGGGCCAACAACAAAUAUGUCUGAAUGUGUUGAACUGCAUUGUUACAAUCAAAAAAGAAAUGGUUUUUAAUAAAGAGUUUAGUGUUUUCAGUAGUUUUAAUGUAGAGCUCAUGGACAUUUUAGUCUUAAUUGGAAGAAUACUUUUGAAACCCUUUCCUAUGAUGACAGAUGGUUGUUGACUUCUGACAUCAUGACACUUGACCAUCUUGGCCUUGCUUUUUUUGCAAAAAAACUGUUACAUUGUUUUGUGUGGAACAAAAAGGUAAUUGUCAUGCCAUGAUAUUGUGAAUACGUUAGCAAGAGUUAUUUUUUAAGGCUUGUUUGUCGUAUUAUUAACUGCAGUAGGGUUGGGAGGGUUCUGUAAAAUGUUUUAGUAAUUUUCAUAUUAAGAGUGCAAAGAAACAUGAGAGAACUUCUUCUUACCACUUUUGUAUGUAUUCAUGUAUUUAAAAAAAAAAUAAUAACUUGAUUUAUUCAUGUUUCCAUUUUGUUUUUGAGUGUUCCCACAAAAUGUUAUUCAAGUUGUUUUACACUCAGGCCAUCAGUUGCUUACUGUCUGCUGUUUUCUUUUGCUUUUGUAUCAUAUCAAGUUCACAAACAUGCAUGUAUAUGUUUCGUCAAGUUGGAAUUGUUUCAGAAUGACUAAAGUUAUGUGAGAACAUUACGUCCUUUAACCUUUUAUUUCCGCUUGUUUUGGCUU